AUGAAAACUUUAACACAAUGUGUAAUUUUAUUGGUGAUAAUUUUGAGUGCGGCGUGUGCAAUGUCUCAAGAUGCUCUUUGCUGUUCUUCAGGACAGUAUAUUUUAAAAGGAGAAAAUAGCAGUAAAGUUUGUUGGGACCCUAUAUCGAACACGAACAAUUCUAUUAAAAUUGCAUGCAAAAAAUACGUUAUGUUGACAGAAGAAAUCUACCGUUUCACUGUGAAUGAUGCGGGCUACCUAGUUCUUGCAAUGCCUAACAAUCAAGCUGAAAUGGAGCCAGAAACUUUUUGCGUUGGAAACAGAACAUUAAGAAUGGAUGUAAAUUCAUCGGCCAACGCAACCCGCGCAGCAGUUAUUUGCGUUGACGAAAGUGAACCAAUAGUGGACAACGCCAUCAUGGCCUACUGCAUGAUAGUAUCAGUUGUUUUCCUCACACUUACUGCACUCAUCUACCUAAUGCUUCCUGAAGUCAGGGAUCUACAUGGUAAAAGCGUUAUCAACUUUUGCGUCUCACUCGCGUUGGGCCUGGCCUGUCUGGCAAUCAUGAACCUCGUGUCUUCGUAUUCGGAUAUGAAUCUCUGUGCUGUUCGAGGGUUCCUGACUUAUUUCUUUUUGAUUGCAAGUUUCUUCUGGACUAAUGCAAUAUCGAUUCAGAUACUCCGAAGUAUGAGAAGGCCUUUUAUGGUUGACUACGGCUGGAAAGAGUUUGCAUGGUAUGUUUUGUACGCGUGGGGAACUAGUGCUUUGAUCACUGUGGCCAUGGCUGUUGUUAACUUCUACCCUGGAGAUCAUCAAAAGCCUGGGAUAGGGUUGAACCAUUGCUGGUUUUUUGAAAAAAGACAGCAAUGGUACUACAUGUAUAGUAUUAUGACAAUACUCAUAACUGCCAAUAUUUGCAUAUUCGUUUACACGUCAAUACUCCUAUGGCGUCAUAGUUUCACGUCAAGUCACAUCAAGGCGUUAAAAUAUAAAUUCGUUAUGACCAUCAGACUGUUUAUCAUCAUGGGACUUCCAUGGAUAUUCGAAAUGAUAAGUUCUGUAAUGAAUGCAAGCAUAAUAUGGGUAAUAAUGGACUUCGUGAACAUUUUACAAGGGCCGUUGAUUUUCUUAGUGCUAGUGAUAUUCCGACGACGUGUGAUCAAGGCGAUGCUCAGGAAGGGCAUGCUGGACUGUAUGUCGGAUCGAGUUGAAAAAUAUCUCGCAGUUGCAAACGACGACGAGGACAACGCCAUCCAACAUACUAUGGAUGUGCCGUUGGAUGAUAGAGUAACGUCUUCCUAA